CUACCGGAAGUGGCGUCCGGCAGGGAGGGGUUCUUUACCCGGUCAGGCAGCAGAAGCUAGGCGCUUGGGUUACCCCUGCAGCGACGCCCCCUGGUCCCACCGAAACCACUGCUGCUCCCGCCCCUUCACUCCUCGGCCGCGCCAUGGGCACCCGCGACGACGAGUACGACUACCUCUUCAAAGUUGUCCUUAUCGGAGAUUCUGGUGUUGGAAAGAGUAAUCUCCUGUCUCGAUUUACUCGAAAUGAGUUUAAUCUUGAAAGCAAGAGCACCAUUGGAGUAGAGUUUGCAACAAGAAGCAUCCAGGUUGAUGGAAAAACAAUAAAGGCACAGAUAUGGGACACGGCUGGGCAAGAGCGAUAUCGAGCUAUAACAUCAGCAUACUAUCGUGGAGCUGUAGGUGCCUUGUUGGUUUAUGACAUUGCUAAACAUCUCACAUAUGAAAAUGUAGAGCGAUGGCUGAAAGAACUGAGAGAUCAUGCUGAUAGUAACAUUGUUAUCAUGCUUGUGGGCAAUAAGAGUGAUUUGCGUCAUCUCAGGGCAGUUCCUACAGAUGAAGCAAGAGCUUUUGCAGAAAAGAAUGGUUUGUCAUUCAUUGAGACAUCAGCUCUAGACUCUACAAAUGUAGAAGCUGCUUUUCAGACAAUUCUGACAGAGAUAUACCGCAUUGUUUCCCAGAAGCAAAUGUCAGACAGACGUGAAAAUGACAUGUCUCCAAGCAACAAUGUGGUUCCUAUUCAUGUUCCACCAACCACUGAAAAUAAGCCAAAGGUGCAGUGCUGUCAGAACAUAUAAGGCGUUUCUCUUCUCCCAUAGAAGGCUGUGUAUAGUCCAUUUCCCAGGUCUGAGAUUUAAAUAUAUUUGUAAUUCUUGUGGUCACUUUUGUGUUUUAUUACUUCCUCAUACUUAACAAAUUUUCUGUGUUUUAAGUCUGAUUUUAGCUUUAUAAAAUCAUCCAUUUGUCCCGAAUGACUGCAGCUUUUUUUCAUGCUAUGGCUUCACUAGCCUUAGUUUAAUAAAUUGAAUGUUUGGAUUCUUCAA